ACCGCUUCUCUUUACUGACGCCUUCCUAACAAUCAAUAACCGGUCUUGGGAGUUGGCAGAUACUUUCCCUCUCUGGAUGCUCAUCUCAUGACUCCCUCCUAUUGUCUGACUGCUCAUCCAUUUCCUUUGUUGGCUCAUCAACCCUAUUACUGCUAUAACACUAUAAUUGCCUUCGAUGAAUUAAGGACAGAUUUCAAGAGCCCCAUAGACCAGUGUAAUCCUGUUCACGCGAGGGAACGGCUGAGAAACAUCGAACGCAUCUGCUUCCUUUUGAGAAAACUGGUGCUGCCAGAAUACUCAAUUCACAGCCUUUUCUGUAUCAUGUUCCUGUGUGCUCAGGAGUGGCUGACGCUGGGGUUGAAUGUUCCUUUGCUUUUCUAUCACUUUUGGAGGUAUUUCCAUUGCCCCGCAGAUAGUUCUGAACUAGCCUAUGAUCCACCUGUGGUCAUGAAUGCAGACACCUUAAGUUACUGCCAAAAGGAGGCUUGGUGUAAGCUGGCAUUCUAUCUACUCUCCUUCUUCUACUACCUUUACUGCAUGAUCUACACUUUAGUGAGUUCUUAACUGAAAGAUAACCUACGUCAUCAGAGACUGGCAGCAGGAAAAGGACGGAGGCUUGAGGAGAGAAGUCAAUUGACAUUGGAGACUGGAUUGGAGGAGGAGGUGUUUGGAAGCUGAGGCCAUUGGGAGAGCGUGUGGAGGAAAAAAAGAGAGAGAAAGGCAGAAAGACAGAAAGACUGUCUGCAGAACGGAAAGAGUGGAGCCCGUGGGCUGAAUAAACUGUGAUCAUCUCUUGUUACUCUGUGCAUUGCAGGCUUUGGCAUUCCAAAUCCUCCACAUGAGCUGUGUAUCACUCCUGAGGAUUGGGGGAGGUGGGGGAGAGAUACAAAGCCAAGCUUCUCAUGGGGGAGAAUUGCUGCUUACCCAGAGUACUCUAUAAAACCCACUCCCUGCAGUUACUUUUCACACUGGGUUCCUGGUAGCAGUUCAGAUGGACUGUGGGAGUGGAGGCUGGGCUGGCUGGCUCUCUGCGCAGGGAUGGGGAUGGCUGGGUGCAGCAGGCCGGAGCCAGGGAUGUGGCCCGUGCGGACCGAUGGCACUGGAGAAACUCUUCUUGCCUCUCCCAAGCCCUCCCAGUGGCCCCCUGGCUAACGGACAUGUGUGCGGUCUUCCUCUAGGCAGCCCCCAAGAGUAAAGCUUCCAGGGUGGUCAUUUUUGUUUCAUUUUGUUAUGUUCCAAUUGAUUGGUGUUGCUAGGAUUCCAUGGAUAAACUUGCUAAGAAUUCUCUCCAAAGUCAGGUAAAAGAAGAGCACCCCUCCUCCCAACCCCAGUAAUUGUUCAAGACUGGCAAAAAUAACUAUUUACGUGUAUGAAAGGAGCCUGAGUUGUUAACCCCUAGGGAUGAUAUAUCCUGUUACCCUGUAAAAACCAGGUAGCAUCAUUGUUAGGUACUACAGGAAGAAUACAUCAGAAGUCUGGAGUUAGGGGAUCGGGGUUCGAAUGCCAGCUUUACUACUUAUAAAACCCUGAUCAAAUCACUUCUCCUGGGCCUCAGUUUCCCCAUCUGCAUGGUAUCUUCUUAGUGCUACAUGCCGUAUUCUUGUUUUAAUGGGGAAAGCUGCAAAUGCCACUUAAAUAGCCCUUAACUCAGAGUUAGGAAGACCUGGGUUCAAAUAUUGCCUCGAACACUUAGUAGCAUCAUGGCUUUGUGAACAACAACUUCUCUAGGCCUUAGCCUUCCCAUCUGUGUGUUAUUCUCCACUCAGAGCAAGGCAGGGAGCUGGAUUGGGUCACCUCUUAAGCUCUGAGCUUCCUUCUACUCUAUGUCUUUGAUUUCUGUUCUAGAAUCUCUACUAGAGAGCCAGACUUGGAAUCAGAAAGACCCUGCUUCAAGUCUUGCCUCUGAUAGAUACUGUCCACAUGACCCUAGCCAAGUCAUUUACCCUCUCUGUUGUCUAGGCCAGAGGUGUCAGACCCAUUGUCCAACCAGAUGGAAAUGUAACUGAAAAAUGUUUAACAAAAUAAAAAUAUAAAAAAUAAAAAUAAUAUUACACUUUAAAACUAAGUCAAUAUGUGGCCCACAGGCAUCCUUAUGUACAGAUUUGUUCAGUAGUUGUUUUCAGAUGUGUCUGACUCUUUGUUACUCCUUUUAACAUUUUCUUGGUGGAGACACUGGAGUGGUUUUCCAUUUCUUUCUCGAGCUGAUUUUACAGAAGAGGAAACUGAGGCAAACAGGGUUAAGUGACUUGCCCAGGGUCACACAUCUAGUAAGCUUAUGAAGCCAGAUUUGAACUCAGGUCUUCCUGACUCCAGGCCUAGCCCUCUAUCCAUUGUGCUACCUAGCUGCCCCAUGUACAGAUUCAUGGCCCCCAUAUUUAUUUGAGUUUAAUACCACUGUGUUGGCAACUCUCUAAGACUCUAAGUUACAUCAGUCGAGGGAAUUUCCUGACCUCGGGGGGAGUUCUCUAUACUGAUAAGAUCAUGUGUUCAAUCUCUAUUCCUAUUUAUCAUCACUAGUCACACCUUGCUCUGAUAUGGAGAAAAACAAACACAUUCUAUAAAACUUGGUGAGCAUCAGAUACCUGGAAGAGAAGGACAAUACAGUUUUCAGCUUAAAGUUUGUAAUACUGCUUUGUUCAUAUUGUACAGUUUGAUGUAAAGAUAUUUGACCAUUUAGGAAUUUUCCAUUGAAUAUUCUCCCUUUGUUGGAUGGGACUUGUGAAAGGGCUUUGUAUGCAUGACGAAGGCCAGGGGCUUGUUUGAUUGGGCAUAAAUGAUUUCUCUACUGGUUGACACAAAUCGACUAUUUAUACAUGAGCUGGUGCUCAGUUUGAAACCUGUGACUAAGGUUUAUGAAUGGCGUUUGUGUUUCAUGCUGUGUGCUAUGUUUAAAAAUGCAGUGACAACUUGGGUUUCUCACCUAACUGUCUAUCUCAUUUUGUCCUCAUCACAGACCUCUGUAUGGCUUGUAAACUGGUGUGGGAUGGGGUGGGGGG